CGGCGCGUAGCCGGGACGAUGGAGGGGCAGAGCGGCCGCUGCAAGAUCGUAGUGGUCGGGGACGCAGAGUGCGGCAAGACGGCGCUGCUGCAGGUGUUCGCCAAGGACGCCUACCCCGGGAGUUAUGUCCCCACUGUGUUUGAGAACUACACUGCAAGCUUCGAGAUCGACAAGCGCCGCAUUGAGCUCAACAUGUGGGAUACUUCAGGUUCCUCUUACUAUGAUAAUGUCCGUCCUCUCGCCUAUCCGGAUUCUGAUGCCGUGCUCAUCUGCUUUGACAUUAGCCGGCCAGAAACACUGGACAAUGUCCUCAAGAAGUGGCAGGGGGAGACUCAGGAGUUUUGCCCCAAUGCCAAGGUUGUGCUGGUUGGUUGUAAACUGGACAUGCGCACUGACCUGGCCACGCUGAGGGAGCUAUCCAAGCAGAGACUCAUCCCUGUCACACAUGAGCAGGGCAGUGUGCUGGCCAAGCAGGUGGGGGCCGUGUCCUACGUCGAGUGCUCCUCCAGGUCCUCUGAGCGCAGUGUCAGGGAUGUCUUCCACGUGGCCACCGUGGCUUCUCUUGGCCGUGGCCAUAGGCAGCUGCGCCGUACUGAUUCACGCCGGGGACUACAGCGAUCUGCUCAGCUGUCAGGACGGCCAGACCGGGGGAAUGAAGGCGAGAUACACAAAGAUCGUGCCAAGAGUUGCAACCUCAUGUGAGGGGCUGUGGCGGGGCAGAUAGUGAGGAAGAGUGGUGAAGGACACAGUUGUUCCCAUCCCUGCAUCUUGGCUUCCUGACCUCCUGACCCUGGCUGUGAUGUCAGGGUAGGCAGAAGGUGCAAGUCUGGUUGGAGACGCUGGAAGACAGAGGGUAUCACCGUUCCCCACAUCCGCAUCCGCAUCCCCUCCCCCUUCUCUGCUGGAGCUAACAAGAUGGGCAUCUGGGGCAUGAGCUUGGAUGGGGCAGGUGGGUGUUUGGAAAGCCAGCAUCAAGUAGUGACCUUAGUUGAGUCUUGUAUAUAAAAUGUAUCUUCUCUCCCCAUCCUGAUUGUCACAUCCUAGUCCUGGCUGCCUUCCCUAGGGAAAGGGUCCGUUCUGUGACCUUCUCUUUUCCUCUCCUCUCGCUUGGACAGCUGUGCCCACACAUUCUAACCUCCAGACAACAUGCACUAAAUUGUCAAGCAGGAAGUCCCGCCCACCACCAGCCCACCAACCAGUUCUAGCUUCCUCCCUUCUUUUCCCAAACAGUCCCUAAAUAAAGCCCACGUCCAUGGAAAA